AUGCGACAACCAGCAAUGCCAAUCCCCUCGCCCUUUCAGUCUUCCAUUGCGAAGCCGGGGCAGGGCAAAGUCGUCCUCUCCCUCCUCCCACCAAACAAUCCGACCCUAACAACCCUCACCUACAAAUAUCCAUUGAAAUUGGUCCCGCGCACCGGCGGUUUUACUCCAACCCCAGACCCCGCCGGCUUAUCAGACACAUGUCCCUCCCACCCGGUCCAUCUCUACCUCCUAACCUACGGCGGCGGGCUGCUACCCGGCGAUCACAUCGAAGUAUCCAUCAAACUAGAGCCGCGGACGCGAAUGGUCGUAACAACCCCACAAGGAAGCACCAAGAUCUUCAAAACAGACCCAAAUAACUGCGGCACCAGCCCAAACGUCAUUAAAGGCCACCGCAAACAAAUGCCCGCCAACGCACACCUCUCCGACAUGAGCCAACAAUCCCUCGACGUUCACAUCGGCCGCCAAGCAGCCCUCUGCUACCUCCCCGACCCCUCAGUCCCCUUCCAACACAGCCGCUACGCCCAAGUACAAACCUUCACCGUGGACGCCAGCGCCAAAGGCGACCAGCGCAGCAGUCUCUGCGUCCUGGACUGGGUAACGCAAGGCCGGACCUCGCGCGGCGAGAACUGGAACUUCCGCUUCUGGCGCGGCCGCAACGAAGUCUGGGCCGAAGACGAGAAAACAGGCAAAAGCCGUCUCCUACUGCGGGACUCGGUCAUCCUAGACGAUGAGUCCGAAGACCUCGACGACUCAGAUAUGUCCGAAGACGAGGUCGAGAGCACGAACCGCAAUAUGCAGAACGGCUUAGCGAACCGCGCCGAUUUGCCUCCACAGGCGCCCGCCGGGCUGACACCGCUGAACCUCAUCGCGGAGCGCACGCGACCGCACGGUGUCGUCGGCACGCUUAUUCUCUCUGGUCCGGUCUUCGAGGCUCUUGGGUCCUUCUUUCUGCAUCAGUUCCAGUCGCAGCCUCGGAUUGGAGGCCGUAAUUGGUCGGACCAUGCGCCGUCGGUGCCGGAGCCCUCGCUUAGCCUGCAGGGUGCUGUUACUUGGACUGCGGCACGCGUGCGCGCUGGGUUCGUGCUUGUCAAGUUCGGUGCCAAGGACUUCGAGACUGCUAAGCACUGGCUUGGCGGACUUAUUCGUGAAGAGGGGAGUGUCGCCCGGGAGUUCGGCGAAGAAGCGCUCUUCUGUUUAUAA